AAGAUUCUGUGGACCGUCAUGACACUAGAAAAGCUGCAGUCGCUUGUGACAUGGAAGUUUAUAUUAUCAGGGUAUGCUCACCUGGUUACAAAUUUGAGACCAAAAUUUUUACUUUCUUUUAACCCUUGGAGCUGGUAAAGAAUGUUUUAUCCAUUGCGUUUCUGACAGAUGUAACAAGUUAAGGUUACCUUCUCAAUAGGAAGGCUAAAGCUUUUAGCCAAUAUUUGUGGAGAAGACACAUUUAAGAUUUUCUUUUGCCCAUAUAUGCAAUAUUAUGGAGGCUGUGACUACAUUUUAGGCAAGAGACUGAAAGAACAUCAAGCACCUAUCUGGAUGUCUUCAAAGCCUCAUCUGGAUAAAAUAUACAAACUAUUUUUCAAUCAGUCUUUUUUUCCCCCUUUUUCAACCUCAGACAAUUGCUUUUGGGGUCCUAGAGUCCCUUGAAAGUUAUUAUGGAAAUAGGAGACCUAAAGUUCAAGUGAUUGAAUGGCUGAAGCAGGAAGGAAAAUCGUCUGGGAGGACAGGUAGGCAGAGGGAAGAGGUCUGAAGAGGCACGUGUCAAAAGAUUCAAGAAAGUUGAAGGGUAGAUUGAAGGUAGUAAAAGGAUGAAUGGGGAGCAGAAACAAUGGGAAGGAAGAGAUCUCAGAAGACUCACUUCGGGAAAAUCUUCAGUUUCCCAAAGAGAUCCUGAAGUCUCAAAUCAUCCUUAGCAAAACCAUGACCACAAGUAAGGAAGUGGAGUAUACGAUCAGUAAGGGUUUAAGAAGGGGGUUUCUGUUGACUAAAAAGUUACCAUGGGAGAAAUAGGAUCAAAUAGAACAGAGUGGCCUCACAAAUAAUCAAGCAAAAUAUUUCAGCUCAGGGAUUCAAGAAGUAAAUUCCCACUCAAAGACAGAAACAGGAAGUAAGACUUACAAUCCAGCCAGUACCUUCCUAACAAAGAAACCUGUGACUAAACCAACUUCUAAAAAAAAGAAACAGGACUAACUCAGCCUUUGUAUAGUGUACUGAGACUCUCUCUGCCUUAACUGUACUUCAACAGACUAUCAUUUGGAGCACUGGCUCAGGAGUCUAAAUCACCAAGGGCUCAUCCAUCAAUCAACCAGAAGUGAAGACAAUCGCUUCAAAGAAAAGAAUGUUUAAAUUUCAUCAAAUGAAACAUAUUUUUGAAAUACUUGAUAAAAUGAGAUGCCUGCGAAAACGUUCUACAGUGUCAUUCUUGGGAGUUCUUGUCAUUUUUCUCCUUUUUAUGAACUUGUACAUUGAAGAUAGCUAUGUUCUGGAAGGAGACAAACAACUUAUAAGGGAAACAUCCACACAUCAACUGAAUUCAGAACGCUAUGUUCAUACUUUUAAGGAUUUGUCUAAUUUCUCAGGAGCCAUAAAUGUCACCUAUCGCUACCUAGCUGCCACACCUUUACAAAGAAAGCGGUAUCUUACAAUUGGACUUUCUUCAGUAAAGCGAAAAAAAGGAAACUAUUUACUUGAGACAAUUAAGUCAAUUUUUGAGCAGUCCAGUUACGAAGAACUGAAGGAAAUUUCAGUGGUGGUUCACCUAGCAGACUUUAAUUCUUCCUGGCGUGAUGCCAUGGUCCAGGAUAUUACACAGAAAUUUGCGCACCAUAUUAUUGCAGGAAGAUUAAUGGUUAUACAUGCCCCAGAGGAGUAUUACCCAAUCCUGGAUGGCCUUAAAAGAAACUACAAUGAUCCAGAAGAUAGAGUCAAAUUUCGUUCAAAGCAAAACGUAGAUUAUGCUUUUCUGCUUAAUUUUUGUGCCAAUACUUCUGACUAUUAUGUAAUGCUUGAAGAUGAUGUUCGGUGUUCAAAAAAUUUCUUAACUGCCAUCAAGAAAGUCAUUGCAUCCCUAGAAGGAACUUACUGGGUAACUCUUGAAUUCUCUAAGCUUGGCUACAUUGGUAAACUCUAUCAUUCUCAUGAUCUCCCACGUUUGGCACAUUUUUUAUUAAUGUUUUAUCAAGAAAUGCCUUGUGAUUGGUUAUUGACUCAUUUCCGGGGUCUGUUGGCUCAGAAAAAUGUGAUCCGUUUUAAACCAUCUCUCUUUCAGCACAUGGGCUAUUAUUCAUCAUACAAAGGGACAGAGAAUAAGCUAAAGGAUGAUGAUUUUGAAGAGGAGUCAUUUGACAUUCCUGAUAACCCCCCUGCAAGUCUGUACACCAACAUGAAUGUGUUUGAAAAUUAUGAAGCAAGCAAGGCUUACAGUAGUGUUGACGAGUACUUUUGGGGGAAACCACCUUCAACAGGAGAUGUUUUUGUGAUUGUAUUUGAAAACCCAAUUAUAAUUAAAAAAAUUAAAGUAAAUACUGGAACAGAAGAUCGACAAAAUGAUAUUUUGCAUCAUGGAGCACUAGAUGUUGGGGAAAACGUUAUGCCUAGCAAACGAAGGAGACAAUGUUCUACUUACUUAAGACUAGGAGAAUUCAAAAAUGGAAACUUUGAAAUGUCAGGUGUGAAUCAAAAAAUUCCAUUUGAUAUACAUUGUAUGAGGAUAUAUGUCACCAAAACACAAAAGGAAUGGCUAAUUAUUAGGAGUAUUAGCAUUUGGACUUCUUAGCCAAUUAAACCAGUAUGUUCAGUUUCUGAAA